CGAGCUGGGUAGAGGGGGUAGAUCCGUCCUCGAGGAAAAGAUAAUCGGGUGUCCAACAGGCAUUGAAGAAUGAGAAUUGUUGGAAAUUGGGCCCUAAAAGGAGAUAUAUAUUAUGCUGCUAAGCAUAACUAGCUAACAAGUAGUUGCUUCGGAGGUCAUGACAGAUCAUACCUAGGAGCCGAGAGUGUAUUCAUACUAGUUAUUUCAACUAGUUAUAUGAGUAGUGUUUACCGUGUGGUUUUCGUCUCUUGAUAGAGCAGAAAGAAGGAGUAGCCGCCACUAAAACCUGCGGACCCCAGCAAGGAUGUGGGACAAGGGCAAGCAAGACAGGGACUGCCUGAUUGAUAUAUAGAUUGGGGUGUUAUGUAUGUAUGUGCCUGCAUGCAGCUACAAGGGCGAGGAGUGAUAGAACCGGAGCCGUUGAAGGAUAAGCCCUCAUCCCCCCAAAACACACAAGUGCAGCAUGUCAGCACCAUGCAUAUUAUGUUCACAACUGGGGAAACAGCCUGAUAUAUGGGUAGGCAAUCACACAAGUGCCCGUUUUCGAUCAUCAUCGCCCGUAUUUCUCAGCGAAUCUUACGGGUUGGAGAGAUGGUGUGCAGGGCUGCUGCUGCUUGAGAGACAGGUUGGACCGAAGAGACUCAGGAAAAAGCAACGUCGACGCCUCCACUGGGGAGCAGGCGGCGAUCAGCCAAAGUGUGGAAAGCCCGUAUUGCACGGGAGCAACCAGGCUCAAAGGGUCUUAUGCUUAGUUUUGCUCGAGGCUGGUACUGUCAAAACCUCCGCUGGCCUGUGCAAGGGGAGGCUAUAUCACUGCCCUGAUAAGCACCCAUCAACUAGUUAGCCAGGGAAGUUUUCGAUCUAACCCCCAAGCACCCCCUGCUGGCCCGGCGGAUCCUAGGAGACAGCUAUUGAUGAAUUUUGAUUUGGAAUGUUCUUCCAUGGUUAGCCAAGGAUUAUUAACAGCAUCAAACUCCCUUUUCGCUCUGUUUGUUGUGAUAAGCCAAAACGGACUCCACCAUGGUUGUUAUGGAUCUUUCUCACAGCUGUUCCCGUAUAAAAAGGUCCCGCAAUUCUUCAACGUCCGACAGACCCUCCAUUGUCAAGCAGCAAGCGAGACUCAUCACUCCAGCACUUAUUCUGUGGUCUUGUGUGGAUAUUGACGCGGCGUUUUACCCCUUAACAUCCUUGGUGCUGCAGACGCCCUUGACACUGCAGCAAAAACGGACAAGGGAGGCUGGCCGGGUUCCAGUUCCCCCCCAAAAAAGCAGCAGCAUGCCGUCGUCCCUUUCCGGGCCCUGUUAAGCUCCAUCCGGGACCAUU